ACUGUACAUUUUUCGAUUACAACGCGAUUCCUACUUUCGAUUUCAGUCGAGCAUGACUAUUCUGAGUAUUAUCACCCCUACCACUUUCGUUUUAAAAUGCAUAGGUAAUAGUUCGGUGGUGAUCUUGUUUAAUCGGCACUCUGAAUCAAUCACUAUACCCAAGCUAUCAAUUGGUUAACGUGUAAUUAACAAGCAGCGUCGUGUGAGGUUAAUUACCAACACCCGAGUUGUUGUUUAUUUAACAAAAUCAAGGAUCAGGGAAUCAAGAUCGUUGUUUCCGAAGGUGUGAAUUUCCGACAGACUUUGAUAUGUGCGGUGUAAAUCGGAUAUGAAAUCUCCCACCUGGUAUACCAAUACGUUUAACAGAGUGGAAAAUUUGCCUGAUUGCGAUAUAAAUCAGUUUUUGCAAUGUCAAAGUUAUUGAAGCCAGUUCAAAGCAGGGACAUCUACAUGGACCUAUGACCAAGUUUUCCAACAGAUGGAUGGAGAUUGUGAAAUGAUGAAACAUGUGGAGAAGUACUAGACAGUGUUUUCCAUCUUUCCAGUUCCUUGCUCUUGGUCAGAUGAUCACAGGCCUUGUGGUUCUCUUUGUGGCAAAACAGAUUGGUUUGGUGGACUUCCCAGGAUUCUCAUUUGACAUAUUUGGGAAGAUAUGGCCAUUACCAUUAAUUUAUAUUGGCAACCUCAUAUUUGGGUUAGGUGGAACCCAGAAGCUAAAUUUGCCUAUGUUUACAAUAUUAAGAAGAUUCACCAUUCUCUUUACAAUGAUUGCAGAGUAUUAUGUUCUUAAUGUAAAAGCACCAAGACUGGUUCAGUUCACAGUUUUUCUCAUGAUAUUUGGUGCAUUAGUUGCUGCCAGUGAUGACUUGACCUUUGACCUCAUUGGUUAUGCCAUGAUCCUUCUUAAUGAUUUUUGUACUGCUGCAAAUGGAGUAUACACCAAGAAGAAACUGGAUGCAAAGGAUCUUGGCAAGUAUGGUUUACUAUACUAUAACUCCCUUUUCAUGAUCUUACCUGUGGCAGCUUUUGCGUGGUACAAUGGAGCUAUUGCAAAGGGCCUGGCCUAUGAGAGUUGGGGAAACCCCUGGUUUCUGCUGCAGUUUUUAAUGUCAUGUACUCUGGGGUUUGUUCUGAACUAUUCCAUUGUGCUGUGUACUCAUCAUAACUCAGCUCUGACUACCAAUAUUGUUGGGGUGUUAAAGAAUCUUUUAGUUACCUACAUAGGAAUGUUUGUAGGGGGUGACUACCAUUUUAGUUGGAUUAAUUUCAUUGGAUUAAAUAUAAGUGUGUCAGGAAGCCUAGUGUACAGUUAUGUGACUUUCAAGAAGCCGUCCACCAAGUUAGUAGUACCCAAGAAGCCAGAGAAACCAGUACAAACAGUAUAGUAGAUGAUGUCCAAUUUCCUUGUAUUAUGUGUAUUAUGUUUGUGCAUUACAAUGUUACUGUAUGAUGAGGAAACAAGAAUGCUAUUUUAGGUGAAGAGAAGAAAUGAUGUGUUAUAUAUAUGUGUUCAUUAUCAAUGUGUAUGUUAGGUGGAUAUUAUUGAUUGCCCCCUUUUGGGUGUCAGGAAAUUAAGAGAUGAAAUAUUAUUUUGUUAUAGGCCUACACUGUUUUUUUUUUCUCUCUCAAAUUCUUCAAUUAAUUAUACCAGAACUUUACUUUAAAAUGUAGAUUAUACUUUAUGCUGUUAGGGUGCCGUGGUCGUACAUGAAUACUGACUCGGUGGAAAAGACUACAGUAGUUAUGUUGACUGAUGUCAUACUUAAAUUUGUACAUUUCAUUAAUCGUUUAUGGCCUUAAUAACGAAAACAAUUGUAAGUUUUAUGAUAAGUAACCAUUUCUUCCAAGUUUGUUGAAGUAUUAUUAUAGCACAAUAUGAACUUAAUAUUUUUAAAAAAUUGCUUCCUCAUGAGGUAUUAUAUUUAAUGUACAUCAUACACUUCUUUGCAAGUGAAUCUCAUUUUAUGAAAUCCAUAUUUUUUUGAUUGCCAUAUAAGUGUAUAUAUAUAUACAGCAAAAGUUUCUGUGAUCGUGACCUUGAACUUAAUAACAGUUUGAUAAUAAAUUCAAUAAACAAUCAGUUUGAAAUACAUGGAUAUGUAUUAAUGAACCCAGAAUUAAUGGAUAUUUCAAUUGAUGAGAACUGCAUGUACAUAGAUUUUUAUUAUUGCAUUGUUUAUUGUUAUUGUUCAUUAUUAUUUUACCAAUGAUUUCAUUUUGUUUUUUGGAAUCUGAAUUUUUAAUGAACUUUCUACAAGAAAUAUUUUACUUUUUCAUGCAUCCAGGGAAAUAAAAGAUUGAAGUGGG